AUGCGCUUCAAUUGCGUUAUUAUUAAUGUUUAUGGUCCUAAUGAGGUGGGGCUUCGAAAAGAGUUGUGGGAUCUUUUAGUCAGUUUGAAAUCCAAAUUUCUUGGGCCAUGGUGCUUGGGGGGUGAUUUUAAUGAAAUAAAUAUUAUCUCAGAACAAAUUGGGUGUUCUAGAAGGGAUAGAGGGAUGAAAGAUUUCAAUGAUAUGAUUGAACAACUUGAGCUGAUCGAUAUGCCCAUGCUUGGAAGGAAGUUUACUUGGUGUAAUUCCCAAGAUAGGGCGAAAUGGAGUAGAUUGGACAGAUUUCUACUCAGUCAUGAGUGGGUAAAGAAUUUUAAUUUCAAACUUUGGGGCCUACCUAGAUUGUUAUCUGAUUACAGUCCUAUUAUAUUAAUGGAGGAUGCUAGGCAUUGCAAACCUAAACCUUUUAAGAUCCUCAAUGCUUGGUUACUUCAUCCUAAUUUCCUAUCUUUUGCACAGCGAUGUUGGUCUAGGUUUGUAUUGGAGGGUUGGGUAGGGUUUCAGUGCUUCAUGAAAUUUAAAACCCAGAAGGAAGCUUUAAAACAGUGGAAUGUGGAGGUAUUUGGGAAGGUGGAAAAUAAGCUUAAGUGUGUUGAAAAAGAAGCUCAUGCCCUUGAUUUGCUUGCUGAGGACAGACCUUUUCUACCUACAGAAAUAAUUAGAAGAAAGGAAGUGAGGGGAGAUGUUUGGAGGCUUAGUAAAAUGUUGGAAUGGAUUUGGUUGCAGAAAUCUAGAAUGAAUUGGGCACUUGAAGGGGUUAAAAAUAAAAGAUUUUUUCACAUUACAGCUUGUAGCAGGAAUAGUAGGAAUUCUUUAUGCUCCAUUGUUGUGAAUGACUCAAUGCUAGAGGACCCUAUUGAAAUUAAAGCGGAGGUAGAGUUUACUGAAGAGGAAAUUAGUACUGUAAUCAAGACCCGUGAUGGAAAUAAGGCACCUGGACCUGAUGGAUUCAACAUUGCUUUUUUCAAGAAAUGUGCUACAAGUAGGAUGAAACAGGUGAUGCCCAAGAUUAUUAUUGAGGUUCAAUCAGCUUUUCUAGGUGGUCGGAAUAUUUUGGAUGGGAUUCUUAUAGCUAAUGAGAUUGUUGAUGGAUGGAAAAGAUCCAAUAAGAAAUGUUUGGUUCUUAAUUGGAUUUUGAAAAGGCCUAUGACUUAA